AUGAACCACAAUGAAAAGAGUAUUUCUGUGCGGAAAGGAGGAUGUCACACUCAACCUGGCAACUUGGACUAUGCGCUGGACCCAACAGCCAGUAUGGCGGAUAGCGAAAGCGACUUGGAAACAGACGGGCUUGAAACCGCUUUAGACACGCUCUGUGAAAAGCACUGUCGCGAUUCAACCCCACCAAAGAGUAAAGAGUAUUGUUCUUCGUUUUGUAAGUUGGUGGAAGAAUACACAAGCAGAUGGCAGGUUCCUCUCCCCCAGCUGAAGGUUCUGCGGACUGCCCUGUGUUGUUUCACCAAAGCCACCCAUGGAUUCCCAGAUGACUGUCAGCACAUCCACCAUGUUCUCAGCAGCCUGGCCUUGAGUUUCUUUGAGCUGAUGCUGUUUUUCAGCAAAGAGGAAUUUGGUGAAAAGCCUCUGAAGGAUAUUCUGGAUUCUUAUCGUGAAUGCCAUUCACAACUCCUCAGGCACAGAAAUGUCUACAUGCAGCAUGUUAAGCAGAUUAUCAAAUCUGGAGGCCCGUGGGAGUCCUCAGUGUUGCAGGCGAUCCUCAAGGAGACAGAAGUGUCGCCUGCAGAGGUUGAACAGUAUCUCAGCUCAGAGCUGCCGAUAUUUUUAGAGCUGCGGAUUCGCUAUUUGCAGGCUUGUGAGAGGUUGAAAGAGGCAAUGGUGCUGGCUAAAGGCUGUUUAGAAAACCACACAACAAGAAAACAUCUGUACUUCCAUCAGGCUUACUUGACCUGCCUCUACAAGGCUUCGCUUCAUGACAACCUCCACAAGGAGAUGGCGGACAUUGAUGGUCGAGAUGCAGUCGAGAUCAUCUGUAACACGGAAACAGUGGAAAAAGAUGACGUCCUGUUGUCACUGUGCAAAGCAUUCCUCACGCAGCAGCUCACCAAUGGCGAUAUGUAUUACAUAUGGGACCUGGUGUUCAUCUGGAGCAGGCUGCAUCUCCGUGCUCAUCCAUCAAGAGAAGGCUUUCUUGCUGAAUGUUUGCAGCUAGCAUCCUCUGUUACCAACGUCAAAGCAAUAUUCCCUUUCAUCAAGCUGGUCACAGCUGAACUAGGUGGCGAAGGAGUCCAAGUCUGCAUUGAGCUAUGUGCCAGGGCCUUAGAGCUGUGUGACAAAGAAGCUGACAAUGAAACCAGGUCCCUCAUCUGCAAGACCAUUGCCUUCCUCCUGCCCCUUGAUCUGGAAAUCUGCAGAGCUUGUGCACUCCUGGUUUUCUGCCAGGAGCGAAGCCUGGAGGCUUACAAAAUCGUCUGCCUGCUUUACAUGCAUCCUGAUCAGGAGCCACAUCUUCAUAACAGCCCUGUGAGAACCAACAUCCGCUUUAAUAUCCUGCAGAUGCUUAAGGAGCACCUGUGUUUCGACCCCGAGUUUUGGAACCUUCUGACUCUCAGAAAUCAUUGCUUGGAGUUAAUGCCUGACAAAGACUUGGAGGCUGCUGCUUUAAUAGAAAUGAAAGAUGAAGACAAAGACAUCUACGACGAUCUUUCCUCAAGUAACUGCAUAAAUAAUACACAUUCUGAGGACUUCAGUUCCAAACAGGAUGUCAAUGCUUCAUGUGAAAACCAGCAACCUUGUGAAGAGCAGUCUUGGGAUGAAGACCCAGACAGGUGCAUGGAGUCAAAAAAUGUUGGAAUAUUGAAGAAAAGAAAAUGGAAACAAAGGCGUCACAAAACAAAAUCUCUGUCCGAUGAUGAGAUUGACCCAGUUGAUGAUCCAGAAAUAAUAUACAAUUUCAAGCCCACAUCCUUCGGCAAUAAAUCCAUGUAUUCUCUCCGACACAAUCACAUGACAAAGGAAAAUGCUCCUCCGAUAAAGAGCCCCUUGAACCGCGAAAGAGAAUACCUGUCGAGGUGUGUGAAGAGUCAAAUCUUCAAAAGGAAGGGUCACCGAAAGAGGUGGUUGCAAGGUCUUCAGGAGGAGCAGGUCCAAAUGGUCAAAGUGAAGAUCCCAUAUCAUGGGAAGAAACGGGGAAGGAAGCCGCUGCAGAGAUAUGAGGUUUCAUACCCGGACAAUGAAAUACUCCUCCUUCAAGACGAUGGUGUCGGUGAAGAGAAAACUGAUGGUGAACAGGAAAUGCCUCUCUUGGAGAAUGAACUCGCUCUUAGUGUUUCAACUAAAGAGCAACACCCUCAGGACUUUGGGAGCUGUCCCGACAUCAGUAGUAGCAGUUUCACGGAACAAAUCCAAGAACCUUUACAAUCAAUGUCUUGUGAAACCUUUAUUUCUGAGACAACAACUGCAGGAUCUUCUGCACAUGACGCAUCGUCCUCGGAAUUGUCUUUCUGCCCUUUGAAAGAGUUCCACACCUACUCUCUUUUAUCUCUUCAACCAAUGAAUUAUGGAAAUGAUGGCUCAGAGCUUACGUCAUUAACUGAAACGAAUGGGAUCCAGUCUGAAGACUCCUGUCCUAAGGUGAAAGACGAGACGUCAGACAGGGAUAAAGCAUUUCGCUCUCAAAGAUACGCCCACCUGAAGUACCAUUGCACCUACUGCCGCAAAGACUACAAAGGCUUGAACAUCAUGAGGCACGCCAUCGCUCACCUGAAGAAGAGGAAACGAUGCAUCAUCUGCGGAAAAGGCUUGAAGCUUUUCCAGGAGGCCAAAGGCCACAUGCGGGACCACAUUACAGAAAUGUACAACCGUACUGCCGAUACCACUGCGAACCCUGCCGUUCCCACGGAAAAUGGAAUCGAAGGGAACGUGAGCGAGCCGAGUCAGACUGAGCCUGAAAACCAGCAACUUGAGUCAAAGGAGAACCCCACAGGAAAAAACCCUAUUGCCAAUUUGAAGUCCCCGGAACUUGUAAGGGAAGAGCGCAUCAUGAAAAACGUGCGCUACCUCAUGAAAAAGAGGACAUCACUUUCUAAAAAUCAGAAGAACCCAAGCACCAUUUGCUCAUAUUUGGACAUCAAGGAUGAGCACAUUGUUAUUGAAGAUGGCGUCGUGUUUAUAAGAAAUGAUUCGAAUACUGCGAAUACUGCAGAAGACCAACCAGCAGAAGAAAACAACCACAGUUCAAGCUUUGUAGCAGGUCACUUGUGUCUUUCUCCCACCUGUGAUAAAGUUUUCUUGAAGAUCGGCAGCAGCCUCUUGGGACAUGCGGUUCGAGUUCAUGUCAAUGAAGAACAAGUGUUGGAGAAGGUUUUCCUCUGGUCCAAAAAGAAGUGCCCUCUUUGUACCAGGCUGUUGACUACUUGGGAGCACUUCAAGGAUCAUAUCGACUUACACAGGAACCCACUUCCAUUCUUCUGCUACCAGUCGGAGUGUGACCUCCGCUUCCCAAGUCUUUCUGAACUGAAUCGUCACGUGAAUUUUCACCUACCCUACAGACCCCAGUGCCCUUUUCCAAACUGUGAACAGCUUUUUGCGAACCAGCAGAGUCUAUACGACCAUGAGUGGAGACACUAUACCCGGAUGCCUCUCACUAAAGAGCUGGAGGUGGCAUCCAGCAGAAAGGCCAGUGAAAAUUCCGAAGCUCCGUGGAAGCAGAGAGUGAAGAUUGAGGAACUUUGGAUGCAGAAAAAGGUGCCAAAUAAUGAGUGUUGUGCCCAAGAAAGAAGCAAGAGUCAGAGUAGUGGUGAAAACCCAGCGCAGAGUUCCCCUCCCCAGGCUCACGAUGAGCCCACUGACACAGGAAAAUUGCCUGUCAAUGGCUUCGACAGAGAAGUGACUUCCACCUCCGUCCCUGCUGCGACGCCCUCCACUCCCACUAAAGAACUGUUCGUAAUCCCACUGGCCGAUUCCAUAGACGUCAAAGCCCACAAGCGUGUAGCUACUCUGGCUGAGGGUGUCCAGCAGAAAAUCGGUGAGCCGCACAUCACUGAACACAAGUCUUUCAAACCGGACGAUCCCGCUUACACACCCUUCGUUCAAGCCCCCUUUGUGCGGCCGCCGCCCACCUCAUACCUGGACGAGUCCCGCCUUUCGAUGCGCAGGAGGACCAUGUCUGAGGAGUUGAUCAGGUCGCUGACCAAGAAGGAACCGCCACCUGUUGUGGUGCAGGAGGAGAAGGACUCUAGCCCAGAGAAGGUUCGACAUCGAUGUGACAAGUGUCUGACCUCCUUCAGCCAACCAGAGGAUUUAGAGAGUCAUCGCUCUCAAAAUGCUUGCUCUUCCCUGUUUGGCUUCGAUUCCGAGGAUGAAAGUUAACUUUGAAAACAUCUGCCACAUUUGGAGUGAAGGUCAGCCGCAUUAACCCGUCUCACAUUGGAUUUUUCCCUCACUUAAUUCUAGCAUGCUUCAACAAUGUUCAAAUGGGGCCAAAGAAAGUUUGUAACUGGAUUCACGUGCAUUGAAAUGACUGAAGUUCAGCUGUCAUAGAGCCUUGUGGGACUAGAGUGAGUGAGGAGUGUCUUUCAAAUAUUGAUUAUUGACAUCAUGAGGUUAUGUUGGGGGCCACACCUAAAGUCUGAACAAGCCUUUGCUCGGCAAGGAGUUGGCUGGCUUACAAGGAACGGCCAACAUCGCAGUAGGUGACACCUUUCAUUUUUCAAAAAGUGAUUUGAAAGCCACUACGUCAAUCACUACAAAGGGACAAUUAAGUUUCUUCUUAUUUGUCUCAUAAUUGGCUCAAUGGAAACAAUUGUCGACUUAUAAAUAUUACAAAACCUGACAGUGUGAAUUUACAAUCCGCCCCAUGAUUCAUCCAACUAAUGUGGUUAGCAGUUGAGAGGUAAACGUGAGUCUUUGCUGCUCCCUGAAGCUAUUUCAAUAUAGAACAUUUCUGUGAAUGUUUUCUUGACAAGUGCCAAGUCAAAUCGUCCGUGAAGCAUGUUGUCCUCUUAUCAGGAGUAUUUGGCCUGAACCUUCAAAGCCGGUAAAUGAUUCACUUUGGGGAGAGGCGCUUUGGAAGUCUUCCAAAUUUGUAGAUUUGUGUUUUGGAUCGAUUUGGAACUUCAGUGUCUCAUGGUCUACCACUGAAGUUCAACAUACAGUUUCUGUAUAAACGCAUCUUCGCCAGGAACCAACUAUUUAAACUAUGUCUUAAGUUUAUAAAACCAAUUCUGACUCAGAAUUAUCUUGUUCCUGUCAUUUGUACAGCUCGCUGCUUAUAUUUUUUAACAAUACCAAUGAUCGUGUCUGUGCCGAAGUGUGUGUAAAAAAUGCGUCGCGUGUGGUAUAAAUGUCAACUGUCAAUAAUGUACAGCCUUACAUUUGUUAUUUAGCUAUGCUUUUUAGAUUUUCAUGUGAUAUUUAUCUGUACAAAUGUGAAUAGGAUUUGGUAAUGUUUCUGCAUCUAUUUUUCUGAAAUGGACUGAUGCAUUCUUUGAGUAAACUGA